AUUUCAUUAAUUUUUUUUUUUUUUUUGCAGGGAUUAAAAUAGAGAUCGCGUGAUCUUUUAGAACCAUUUUAACUAUUUACUCAAUUUGAUUCGGUAGCAGAAUCGCUUUUGCGCAAACGCAAAGGAGGGAGGAUCCUUCCAUCCCUACCAACAAACAAUCUUCGAGCAUAGAGUCAGUAAUCACGAAUGAAUUUUGAGUAAAAGCUGUAAGCUCAAACAUAUAUGAACGAAGACGCAAGGCGGUGCGAGAGUAGGAAAGAAAGGAUAAGAAGAUAUGCUGUUUCAGGUGGGGGGCCAAGGCAGCCGCCCCACGUUCUUCGAGAUGGCGGCGGCCCAGCAGCUCCCCGCCAGCCUACGCGCCGCCCUCACUUACUCUUUGGGAGUCUUCGCCCUCCGCCGCCCCUUCCUCCACCGCCUCCUCGACUACGAACAUGAAUCCUUCGCCCUCCUCAUGCUCAUCCUCGAAACUCACAGCUUGCGAACCACAGAUGCUUCCUUUGCUGAAUCUCUCUACGGUCUCCGAAGAAGACCCGUCAAUGUUGCCCUCAAGAUUGAUGCUUCCACCGUUUCCCCCAAUUCCGAUGACGCUGCUCCCAAUUCAGGUUUACAAAGGCGCCAGAAAGUUCUCUCUGUUGUUUUUCUGGUUGUGUUGCCCUAUUUGAAGUCUAAGUUGCAUUCAAUCUACAACAAAGAAAGGGAAGCUAGGCUGCAGGCUACCCUCUGGGGUGAUGAUCAAAAUGAAGGCUUUGAUGCCACCCUCGGCUUCGAAGAGUCGAGGAGAACAUUGGAUUCUGAUGCCAAUGCAUCUAUUAGGGAGCGCGUCAGGAAGAGAGUUCAAAAGAUUGUGGGGUUUUGCUACCCUUGGCUACAUGCUACUACAGAGGGUUUGCAAUUUGCUUACCAGCUAUUAUACCUUUUGGAUGCCACUGGAUACUACUCAUUUGCGUUGCAUGCACUUGGGAUACAAGUGUGCCGAGCUACAGGGCAAGAGAUGAUGGAUACCUCUUCAAGAAUUUCAAAGAUACGUAGCCGAGAACGUGAGAGACUUCGUGGUCCUCAAUGGUUGAAGACCUUGCAAGGAGCACUGCUCAGCUGUAUGUACACUGUACUGGAUUAUGCGCAAACUGGUUUGAUUGCAGCUGUGUUCUUCUUUAAAAUGAUGGAAUGGUGGUAUCAGUCAGCCGAGGAGCGAAUGUCAGCCCCGACAGUAUAUCCUCCACCCCCUCCUCCUCCUCCUCCAAAGGUAGCGAAAGAGGGAAUCCCGCUGCCAUCUGACAGAACAAUUUGCCCCUUGUGCUCACAGAAGCGUGCAAAUCCAUCUGUAGUUACAAUUUCGGGCUUUGUCUUUUGCUAUGCUUGCAUAUUUAAGUAUAUUACACAGUAUAAGCGUUGCCCAGUUACGCUGAUGCCUGCAACAGUUGAGCAGAUAAGGAGACUAUUUCAUGAUGUCUAGGUCUCACGUGGCUACAAGAUUCUCAAUUGUGGUUUUAGUUAUAUGUACAUCUCUCUUAGUCUCUUCUAUGUAGGGAUGGGGGGUUUCACCUUUAGUAUGGUAGGUACACGAUGCAGAAGAGGAAUGAUUUUUGUUAUUUUCCUCGUAUUCAUCCGCAUAAAGU